AUGAGGGACACACUAAACCUCCUACAAUAUAACGUGCACAACUCUGCGAGAGAUAUGGUCAAUGUGUAUGCACCUCCUCCAGGGGGCUACAGCAGUGAACCGGAGGAAUCCCCCAUAGGCCAGCUGCAGGAGGUAGCCGGAAUGGGCACAGAUGCAGAGCUGGUCAUAUUAGGAGAUCUUAAUGUCCACCAUGAGAGGUGGGGAGGGGUGAGAGUGGAGAGAAACUUCCGCAUGGCAUGGCAGCUAAUAGCACAGGUGGAUAGGCUGGGUCUCCAGCUUGCCACACCUGUAGGAGCUACCACAUGGCAGGACAGAGGCAGCCCAGGAACGACUAUAGACCUCACCUUUCUAUCACCACUCCUGCACGACAAGCUCAGGAGGUGUGCAAUAGCGGAGGAGGCAUGCAAAGGAUCUGACCAUAAGCCCAUAGAAACAACACUGGAACUCACACCCAUCCCAAAGGAGGCUGAGAGACGAAACUGGAAGAAUGCGGAGCCUGAGGAGGUAGCAAGGGACUGCCAAAAGCUAUAUGUGCCACAAAGCCUGGACUCCAGGCAAGCAGUCAAGGAGUAUGCAGACUACCUGGUAGGAUUUGUAGGGACAUUAGCGGACAAACACGCCACCGUAAGUAAGGCUGGGUUAAAAUCCAAGACAUGGUGGUCACCGAGGGUGGCCAAGGCAGUGGAGGAGUACAAGCAGGCUAGGAGGUCCCAGCUCCCAGAAAUGGAGCGGCUCAGGGCACGCUGCAAGCGCAACAGAGAAAUCCACUUGGCUAAGACAGCAAACUUCAGAGAUCUGGUUGACAGGACCCGUGAUGACCCCAGAUUGAUGUGGGGACUAGCAAAAUGGGGCAAGGAAAGAAGCCAUCUGCCCCCACAGGCACCUACUGUCCCCCCCCUGAGAACAGGGGAAGGGGCUGACGCGACGGUAGAAACCUCUUUUGAGGGGAAGGCUGAGGCAUUACGACAACGGUUCUUCCCACAGCCAGAGCCCGCCGACUUAAGUGACACCAAUAUGGAGCUGCUGCAAGCUGAAAGGGAAGCGUCAAAUGACACCAUCAGUGUGGAGGACAUGGAAAGCCUGAUCCAGAGACUGCCAAACAGGAAGGCACCAGGGAGGAGUGGGAUCACCAACGAGUUCCUUAAGAUGCUGGGCAGAACAUUUGUGGAGGCCAUAACAGCUCUCACCAAUGCAUGCUGGCAUUGGGAGACUUACCCAGACACGUUUAAGGAAGCCAAGACAGUGGCCUUGCGCAAGCCAGGGAAGGCUGACUACCAGACUGCAGGAGCGUGGAGACCCAUUGCCUUGCUGGACACAAUAGGGAAGAUUGUGGAGGCAGCAACUGCAAAACGCCUGCGGAAGAUCGCGGAGGACCACAACCUGCUACCCUCACAGCAAAUGGGGGCAAGAAGGGGCAGGUCCACUGAAACAGCCAUAGCACAACUUCUAGCCCAGAUAAGGACAGUGUGGCAGCACCCAGGACAGGUGGCAUCGGUACUCUCCCUAGACAUGACAGGGGCCUAUGACAAGGUGCUGCGGGAGCGAAUGGUUCACAUCCUCCGGCGACUGGGCAUCCCCAGGGACCUGGUGGGAUGGGUUGCGUCCUUCAUGACCAACAGGAAAUCCACAAUUGCCUUUGAGGGCCAGGAAUCAGACACCUUUGACAUCCCAGCAGGCAUCCCGCAGGGGUCACCCCUAUCACCUAUACUAUUCCUAUUCUACAAUGAGGAACUGGUGCGCAUCUGCUCAAGACCGGGGCGCCCGGUGGUGUGCAUAGCCUUUGUAGACGAUGUCAACGUGAUGGCCUAUGGCCAGUCCACUGAGGACAACUGCAGGGAGCUCCUGCGCAUGCAUCGGGCAUGCGAGGAGUGGGCAGCACGGCACGGGGCGGUCUUUGCCCCCCAGAAGUAUGAGCUAAUGCACUUCACACGGGCGCGCAACCAAUUCAACCUACAGGCUGAGCUGAGACUGCCAGGACAAACUAUACAACCGAAACAGGUGAUGAGGGUAUUGGGUGUAUGGUUAGACUCUAGGCUGAGAUGGAAGGGCCACCUGGACGCGGUGGCAGGCAAGAUGAAGACUCAAGUCAGAGCACUGUCCCAAACCACCCAAUCCACAUGGGGGCUCCCACUACGACAAGCGAGAAUGGUGUAUAACAUGGUCAUCAGGCCGGCCCUGACCUAUGGAGCAAUAGCAUGGCACCAGCCACAGGGGCAGGGGGGCACGGGUCCAGCUAAGUCAGGACUGGCCCUCAAGCUGACCACAGUGCAGAACUCCUGCCUCAGAAUAGUGGCAGGGGCAUACAAAAGAACCCCAACAAGCACACUGGAAGCGGAAACCCACACAGUACCCUUAGACAUCCACCUGGAUGGGCUAGUGGCAAAGGCGGUCAACAGGAUGAAGGCCUCAGGAAUGGCGCAACAAAUUGAGAAUGCGUGUGCGGCCAUAAGGACCAGGCUUCGGCACCGGGGGGUGACAAGGGGGGCACAGAGACACAUGGGAGCUGUGGUUCACCCGGCAGCCCUGCCAGUGGACUGGGAACAGCAAUGGAUUCAGGGUGCUAAGGCCACAGCAGAGAUGACACCGGAACAACGAGCCAACCUGGACCAAGCCUCAUAUAAUCACUGGCUGAAGCGCGAGCAGCUCUGGAGGUGGGUGCAGAGGUGGAAAAGACGUGAGCCCCCCUGGGGGGAGCGGCAUGGCCGGCCUCCAGACAAGAAAAUUCUGAAGUGGCACACCGGCCUGCGCAAGGCUCGCAGCACUAUCAUCAUCCAAUUGAGGUCAGGUAAAACCGGACUGGCAGCUUUCCUAAACCGGUGUAAGGUACCUGAAUUCCCCACCCCACGGUGCCUCUGUGGGGUAUGA